CACGCACCGGAUUCGCUCGCUUCCUGCCUCCCUGCGUGGGCUUGCAGCAGCAGCAUCCCCCUCCCACCUCCUCUUCCAGGGGUAUCUGGCCCUCUCUUCGUGUUCAUAGGCGUGGCCCUCUGCCAAUGCCAUCAGCAGUUACAUCAGCAGAUGGUCAUCUUGAUACAAGCCCUGAUCCAUUGACAAAGGCUUGUUGCCACAAAGUUUGCACAGAGGACAUUUGCUAGACGGUGCUCCCUGAUCAGCCAGUCUCCCAUUUUCUGUGGACGCAGGAGGACUAAGCCUUCACUGUUGGGAGGCGAGGAGGAAGAGAGGUCCAGCAUCCCUACCUUCCCUUCCAGGGCUGUCUGGGACAACACUCACAGCCGAGCAAGGAGAUGCUUGGAGUUCUGUUGGAGGCCGAGCUGGAGCUGGUUUCAAAGAUGGAAGCGCAAGAUGCAGCUGAGACCCAGGCAAGAAAAGGCCCCCGGAUCAUCCAGGAUGGUAGCCGGAGGGGCUUCCGGGAAAGAACUAUGCAGAAGAUCCUGGAUGAGGACAAUACUAACUCAGAUAUGCAGCGCCAGCACUUCAGGGGGUUCUGCUACCCAGAGGCCAAGGGCCCCCGAGAGGUUUGCAGCCGACUCCAUGACAUUUGCUAUCAGUGGCUGCAGCCAGAAAUACACACAAAGACACAGGUGCUGGACCUGGUGAUCCUGGAGCAGUUCCUGACCAUCCUGCCAGUGGAGAUGGCAAGCUGGGUGAGGGAAUGCGGGGCGGAGACCAGUUCCCAGGCGGUGGCCCUGGCAGAAGGCUUCCUCCUGAGCCAGGCAGAGGACAUGAAACAGGAAGAGACACGGGAGAUAUCAGCCAAAGAAGCCGCGGACUUCCCUGAAGCGGAGAACACUCUGACCGACCCGACACAGAGGCUGCUGUUCAGGUGGAUCGUGCAAGAGGGUGACCAAGGUGCCGCCUCUUCAGGAAAUGGAACAACACUCGGAGAUAGUGACAUGAAACUCUUGGUUCCUUCGAGUUUGCCUUCUCUUUGCGGUGCAGUAGAAGAAACGUCUGUGCAGCCGGAAGAGCUGACCUUCGAGGAGGUGUUUGUGCAUUUCACGGAGGAGGAGUGGGCUCUGCUGGAUCCGGGCCAGAGGGCUUUGCACAGGGACGUCAUGGAGGAGAACUGCAGGAAUCUGGCCUCUCUGGGUGAUGCAAAGAAGAGCAAGAAAAAGGCUCAACAGCAGCGAAGAAAAUCUGAAAAAACCCAGAAGAUCAAAUCCAUUGCUCCUGAAGGAGUUGGCUUCCCUGAAAUUCCAAUACCAGAAGAAUGUCAUGAAGGAAACAAAAUGAUUGUUCUCAAUGGGGAGAAACUGUUCAAAUGCUCAGAGUGUGGAAAAAGUUUCAAUCAGCAAAUAUCCCUUACUAAACACAAAAUAAGUCACAUAGUAGAUAAAAGAUGUUUGGAGUAUGAGAAGUCAUUCUAUUGCAAUACAGACUUUAACUUGCAUCAACGAUUCUACACUGAUGAGCAGCCCCAUAAAUACACAGAGUAUGGAAAUACUUUCAUUGAUAGCCAAAACCUUCAAGAGCAUCAAAUAUUUCAGACAGGGGAGAUGCCCUAUCAAUUUUCAGAGUGGGAAAACUGUGUCAGGCAAAGCAUAAACUUUACAAUACAUCAAAGUUUUCUCCCAGGUGUAAAACCCUAUAAAUGCUCAGAGUGUGGAAAGACCUUCAGUCAUAGCAAAAGCCUUGAAGUGCACCAAAGGAUUCACACAGGAGAAAAGCCCUAUGAAUGCUCUGAAUGUGGAAAGAACUUCAGUCGCAGCACAUAUCUUAACACACAUCAAAGAAUACACACAGGGGAGAAGCCCUAUGAAUGCUCAGAAUGCAGAAAGAGCUUCAGUCAUAGCAUAAGCCUUAAAAGACAUCAAAGAACCCACACAGGGGAAAAGCCCUAUGAAUGUUCAGAAUGUGGAAAGAACUUCAGUGAUAGUGUGAACCUAAAAAGACAUCAAAGAAUCCACACAGGGGAGAAGCCCUAUGGAUGCUCAGAGUGCGGAAAGAGCUUCAGUCAUAGCAUAAGUCUUAAAAGACAUCAAAUAAUUCACACAGGAGAGAAGCCCUAUAAAUGCUCAGAGUGUGGAAAGACCUUCAGUUGCAGCACAUACCUCAACUCGCAUCAAAGAAUUCACACAGGGGAGAAGCCCUACGAAUGCUUAGAGUGUGGAAAGAGCUUCAUUUGCAUGACAUACCUCAAAUCGCAUCAAAGAAUUCACACAGGGGAGAAGCCUUAUAAAUGCUUAGAGUGUGGAAAGAGCUUCACUUACAGCACAUACCUCAACUCACACAAAAAGAUUCACCGAGGGGAGAAGCCCUAUGAAUGCUCAGUGUGUGGGAAGAGCUUCAGUCGCAGUACAUACCUGAACUCACAUCAAAGAAUUCACACGGGGGAGAAACCCUAUGAAUGCUGUGUGUGCGGAAAGAACUUCAGUCGUAGAACACACCUUAAAAGACAUCAAAGUACUCACACAGGCAAGGAGCCAUGGAAAAACUCAAAAGGGUGGAAAGAGCUGCCACCAGAGGAGACACCUUAGGUCACAUCAGAGAAUACACUUCUGUAAAUCCUACCCGUGACUGGAAUGUAGGGAGAUCUUCCUUUUGGUGGAUCAUUGCCCUUAAUUUGAAAAAAAUUUGAACCCAGGACAAACCAUAUAAACAAUGAAUGGGAGUCGAGUUUGCCUUGACCAAGCACAUCUUUAUAACCAAUUCACACGAGGGGCCAACUGUAUCAAUGCUCAAAACGUGGCAGAAAUUUCCAUCGCCAUAGCAGAGUGAGCAACGAACUAAAAUUGAAACUAGCCAGUUUACAAGGGGGGUCUGAGUAGUUUUAGGAUUAGGCACUUACCUGGUUGUAUGUGAUGAAUUUCCAGUGACUGUGUGAGUCCUAAACUCACAGGAGAGAUGCUUAUUGUGUACAGCUGCCUGUUCAAGGCAUAUUUUGUAAGGCAAUGGGGCUCUUUAGUAGAGCCUAUUCUUAGAUUUGACCCGUUGCUUAAAAUCCUGCAUUGAGAGUAUUUUUCUUUUAUUUCCCCAUGCUGCCAGUUUUGUACAAUAUUUACACAGCGUGAUAAUUGCCUGCUUGUAAUCGCUUCUCUGGCCUUUGAGUGCCAGGUUUCCUGAAGCCACUUGUGCUCCGGGCAGUCUACUUCCUUUGACUUCAGCCUCCCAGUAGCCCAAAUCAAAGGAAGCAGGAAGAGGCAGGUAAGCUGGUUGGCAACUUUUGUUUAGGUCAGGUGGGGUGUGUGGUUCAGUGGUAGAGCCCCUGCUUUUGCAUGCAGAAGGUCCCUGGUUCGACCCCCAGUGCGAUAUGGCAAAUGCUAUUUGGGGCUGCAUUAAUAGAAGUAUAGCUUCCAAAUCACGGGAGGUCCUGGUUCCUCUAUUCGGCCCUGGUUAGACCUCAUCUAGAGUAUUGCGUCCAGUUCUCGGCACCACGCUUCAAGAAGGACGCAGACAAGCUAGAGCGUGU